GCGCCCGUGCGCGCCCCGAGGCUCGAGCCCAGCGCUCGCAGCCGCCUUCGCUGCCACAGUCAGCUACCCGGGGCCGCCGUCGCCGCCUCCCCCAGGCCGGGGGCUCUGUCCGCGGGGCCGGCACCACUCGCCCCGAGCCAGGAGGACGAGCUCGAGGAGGAUGUCUGGGCCCGUCCCGCGCGGCCCCGGGUGAGGCCCACCCGCGCUCCCACCGGCGCCAUGGGAAGGAGCGGGCGCCGCUGCUCUUGCCCCCCGCCGGCGCGCGCACGACUUGAGCCCCGCCGCGAGCAGCCCCCGGCCGCAGGUCCCCGAGUGACGCUGGCGGCGCCUGGGAGCGUGGCGCGGGCCCGGGGCCACGUAGAGGAACCCAGUGUCCAGUGAAGCAGCCGAGGACCCGCCGCCCCGCCGCCGCCAUGGUUAUGUCCCAGGGCACCUACACGUUCCUCACGUGCUUCGCCGGUUUCUGGCUCAUCUGGGGUCUCAUCGUCCUACUCUGCUGCUUCUGCAGCUUCCUGCGCCGCCGCCUCAAACGGCGCCAGGAGGAACGACUACGUGAGCAGAACCUCCGCGCCCUCGAGCUGGAGCCCCUCGAGCUCGAGGGCAGCCUGGCCGGAAGCCCCCCAGGCCUAGCGCCGCCACCACCACCGCAGCGCGGCCGCCUCGAGGCGCCGGCGCACGCGCAUCAGCACGUGCACGUCCACCCGCUGCUGCACCACGGGCCGGCGCAGCCACACGCACACGCGCACACACACCACCACGCGCUUCCUCAUCCGCCGCCCCCGCACCUCUCAGUGCCGCCGCGGCCUUGGAGUUAUCCGCGUCAAGCGGAAUCGGACAUGUCCAAGCCACCGUGCUAUGAAGAGGCGGUGCUGAUGGCCGAGCCGCCGCCGCCCUACAGUGAGGUGCUCACGGACACGCGCGGCCUCUACCGCAAGAUCGUCACACCCUUUCUGAGCCGCCGCGACAGCUCGGAGAAACAGGAGCAGCCGCCGCCCAGCUACAAGCCGCUCUUCCUGGACCGGGGCUACACGUCAGCGCUGCACCUGCCCAGCGCUCCGCGGCCAGCGGCCCCCUGCCCUGCGCUCUGUCUGCAGGCGGACCGUGGCCGCCGGGUCUUCCCCAGCUGGACCGACUCGGAACUCAGCAGCCGCGAGCCGCUGGAGCACGGAGCUUGGCGCCUGCCGGUCUCCAUCCCCUUGUUCGGGAGGACUACAGCCGUAUAGAGGGGCGUCCGGCGUUCCGGGCCUCACCCGCGAACUCGUGGCCUGACUGCGGGGCUUUUUAAACGCUUCCCUUGGACUGCGGGGAGGGGUGGGGAGGGAGGGAUUUCUUACCCCGUUUGUUACAUUUUGAGGAUAAUAAAGGUGUGUGAUCUGGUUUGGUA